AUGGCCACCGUCGCAGUCUACGACUAUAUUGUUGUUGGGGCGGGAACAUGUGGUUCGUUAUUGGCGAAUCGCCUUUCAAGCAACCCAGAGCUGUCCGUCGCCCUUAUUGACCCUGGUGUCGACACAAGGGGCAAUGAAGCAGUCGAGGACCCUGCUCAAUGGAUAGAGGUGGGACAGACAUCACUCAACUGGGAUUACCAGAGUGAGCCCCAGCCCCAACUCGGAAACAGGAGACUUAGCAUGCCGGCUGGUAAGGGCAUUGGAGGAACCAGUUUGAUCAACGGCAUGACCUACGUCAGAGGCGACAAAGCCCAAUUCGAUGCAUGGGAAAGUAUUGGGAACCCAGGCUGGAACUGGGACUCGAUGUUGCAGUACUACAUCGAAUUGGAGCAUCUAUUUGCGCCUAAUCAGUGGCAACUAGACGCGGGCGCCAGCUACGAUGAACAUUACCACGGAUUUGAUGGCGAGCUGAGCGUUGGAUUCAAUCCCGACUUGCAUAAUGGGACCUUCUACAACCUGGCGCGUGAGACAUGGGCCAGUCUUGGUCAUGACCAUAAUGACGAUGUCAACCGCGGUGUGACAGACGGUUUCAGCAUCUGGCCCCAAACACUCGACCCGGUGAAGAACACGCGCGCAGAUGCAGCUACCGCCUUUCUGUGGCCAAUAGCGGACCGCAAUAAUCUCUUUUUCGUCAACGGCACAGCUUCACGCGUUGCUUGGGGGAAUGAGUCGUGUCUUCCUGUGGCUCAGGGGGUUGAUUUCAUCGCCGCCGACGGCAGUUUGCAAACCGCACUCGCGCGAAAAGAGGUCAUCCUGGCGGCUGGGGCUUUGCGAACUCCCCUCAUCCUGGAAAAAUCUGGGGUUGGUCAUGCCGCUCGGUUGCAAAACCUCGACAUUGAUGUGGUUGUUGAUCUCCCAGGGGUGGGCGAGAACAUGAUUGAACAGCCCAACAACGUGAUCGUGUACAACAAUGCCGCUGGUCCAAUUCCUGGAUACACACCUUAUGGGACAUUUAUUACAGCAAAAGAGCUGUUUGGCGCUGAUGAGGAAAAGAUCGCCCUCCAGACAAAGGAGUCCAUUCCGGCCUAUGCUGAACAAAUCGUCAAGGGCAGCAACGGGGCUCUGGAGAUUGCUGCGGUCCAGAAGCUACUCGAGAUCCAGUACAACAUCAUGUUUGAACAGAACACGACCAUCGCCGAGGUUUUCACAGCGGCUUCGGGUACCAGCCUGGCAUCUGCGUUUUGGGCACUCAUGCCCUUGAGCAGGGGUAGUGUGCACUUGAAGACAAAAGAGGCCAUCAACGACCCGCAGAUCGACCCGCACUACCUGGACAACCCUCUCGAUGUACACACACAGGUAGAGAUUGGGCGACUUUGCUCAAAGUUCUGGGCGGGCACUGGGAUCGACUUCACCACUAUCGCAGGGGCCCAGGCCAAUGCCACCAACGAGGAAUGGACGACGUUCAUCAAGGACACAGUGGCUGCAAACUCUCAUUCCCUGGGGUCGACAGCGAUGAUGAGUCGCGACCUUGGCGGUGUCGUGGAUGAUCAAUUGAGAGUCUAUGGCACACGGGGUUUGCGGGUGGUGGACGCGGGAGUCCUGCCGCUGCAGUUCAGUGGACAUUUGACAGCGACAUUGUACGCUGUGGCUCAGAGAGCGGCGGAGAUGAUUCUUAAGGGGAGUCUGUGA